AUGUAUCCAGCAAAUCAUAAGACUAUCUUCGUUUUGGACCACACACCAUACUUUGGUAUAUCCACUGAAGCUCCUUUAGAAUUUGAUUUUCUAAAGAGUCGCGGUCAGAACUUAAUUCCUUUAGCACCUGUUUGCAAAUCUUUAUGGACCACCAGUGUGGAAGCCUCAUUAGAAUAUUGUAGAAUAGUAUGGGAUCUCUUUCCAACUGGAAAAUUGAUAAUGAAUGGCACAGCCAUUCUAGGAGUACCAACAAAGCUGCCAAAACCUGGAGAAGAUUAUUCAGUUAUACAUGGCUUAAGAGUAGCCAUCGAAACACUUAACGAGUGUUCGGAGAUUCAACACGAUAAGAGAACAUCAUUGAACGAGAAUGCUAGUAAGCUUGUUAAUAGAGGAAGAGUGAUAUGCAUUACCAGUGCAAGAGAUAAUAGCAACAUGAAGAAUUUGGAGAAUAUAUUCUUGAAUGAGUUAGCUCAAGAAAAUAAAACUGCUUUAGCUUCAGAUCAGUUAGUAUUUAUAUCAAUAGCACGUUUCACCGUUGUUGACAGUAGAAGUACAUUCUAUCAAGGCACCUGCAUUACAUUCAAAAUUGUCCCAUUUGAUUCUGUCUCAUUAUGAUCUGGCUAGUACAACGGUAACUGGUAUACCGAUGAAAGAAGAACAGAAUGCCAGUUCUUCUGCGAAUUAUGACGUUGAGAUAUUUCACUCCUCGGCUGCCCAUUCAGCAAUUUUAAAAGGAAAUCCACAAGAUUCAGCUCUAAUUAAGACAUUUAGGAGAUUUGAAGAAGGAUCAGAAUAUGAAACUGUGACUUUAAAAUGGUGCACACCGCGAGGAUGCAGCGCAGCGGAAAUGCAAAACUGCACAGCUAUGCAUAGAAUUACACCUGUAGAUGUAAACAGCAGACCGUCCUCUUGUUUGAUCAACUUUUUAUUGAAUGGUAGAUCAGUGAUGUUGGAAAUGGCCAGAAAGAGUGGUGGAAAAACUAUUUCUCAUUUACUUGCUGCACAUGGUGGGGAAAUUUUCAUACAUACAUUAUCUACCGCUAGAAGUGUAUUGGAGGAUCCACCUUCUAUUAGCGAAGGCUGCGGUGGCCGUGUCACUGAUUACAGAAUAACUGAUUUUGGAAGAUUGAUGCGGAAUAAUGUACUAGUGCCUUUAAAAAGAAGUACAAGCUGCAAUAGCGACGGUCCAGCAGAGAAAAUGAGAUCCAGAUUAGAGCGACAUACAAAAUAUUGGCCAAUUACUAUCUCCAGUACACUCAUGUUCAAUUUGAAACAGUUAAUAGAUCCAUUGCCAGAGUUAAUGGUUAAGGAGGAACUCGCUGCAGAGGAAGUUGUACAGUGCAAACAAGUGAUCUUCAGUUUAUUGCAGUUAGAGGCAAAGCAUGAGGUAUUACCGUUGCCAAGUAUAGGAGGUGGCCGUGGUGGGAAAGGUGGAGUACGCCGAGAGGAACAUUACAGGCUGCUGUGGGGAGAACUAGAGACAUUUCUCAAACAUCACGCGAACAACUCUGCCGCACAUUCUGAAGUUCUAACCUGUCUGCUCGAAGUACGGAGCAAAGAUGACAAAGAUAAAGUCGAAUUGGAUCAGGCAUUGCGCGAAUUGGACGGGUUCGGCAAAGAAGACGGAACUGCUCGAGCCAGCGUGAUAAGAGCAACGACCGAUUCGCCGAUGUCACCACCGCCAAGUACAUCGAUGUCUCUUGGUAAACAACUCCACAAGGGUAGCCUCUACGCGCCCAAAAGUUUGUUAGACAUUUGGUUGCAACGGAGCGCGCCAAAGGAGAAGAAACCCGAUUUCCAUGGAAGAGUGAACAGCGACGGCCCCAAGGCGAAAUUGUACCCCAACUUGAAAGAGACUGGCCGCGAGCCACGCGAGCCUAUAUUGGAAGGUUAA